UAUAAAUACAAUGUCCGCGUUGCGCUGUGAAUGCUAUCUGUGACGCGGACAGCAGAAAAUUGUGGUCUACUGAACUAUAUUAGAAAUUGAAGAAUAUAGCUAUAAAACAAGAUGACCGAGCCUGUGGCAACAGCAGCGGCAGAUACCGCUGCCGUUCAAUCGAUGGGCAAUAAUAAGAUACACUUUUCCAAGGAAGUGAAGCAGGUUAUAGACAAGGUGUUGAAAACAGACGAACAGGAUCCGAUGGAUGCACCGGAUUUCAAUACCGUGGACUACAUUAACCAGUUAUUUCCCAAUGAGCAAUCGCUGGCCACCAUCGAUGAGACAAUUCAGCGAAUGCAGUGCGAAGUCUCGCUAAUUGAUGAUAAUAUUCGAUCUGUGGUGCGUGGGCAAACAAAUACGGGCCAGGACGGACAACUAGCGCUGUGCGAGGCACAGAAAGUCAUUAGUUCGCUGUUCAGUCACAUUAUUGAUGUGAAAACUCGCGCCGAACGUACAGAAGAAAUGGUCAAGGAAAUUACCCGUGAUAUAAAGCAAUUGGAUUGUGCGAAACGAAAUUUGACGUCAGCUAUAACUACGCUAAAUCAUUUGCAUAUGCUUGUCGGCGGCAUUGAGAGCUUGAAUGAGUUAAUUGUGCGUCGUUCCUACGGCGAGAUUCUCAAUCCACUGCAAGCCAUUACAGAGGUGAAUCAGCAUUUCCAACAGUACUCGGACAUUGAGGAAAUUAAGAAUCUCUCGCAAAGCGUGGAUAAAAUCCAAGUAACUUUGGCUCAACAAAUCACAGAGGACUUCAAGGAAGCUUUUGCUAGUAAGCCCUCCACGCAGCACAAAUUGGGCUUAAAUCAAUUGGCGGAUGCUUGUAAGGUGAUGUCUGUGCUGGAUGUCAAGGUAAAGAAGGAGCUGCUUAAAUGGUUUAUAGCCCAGCAGCUGGAGGAGUAUAUGCAUUUGUUUCACGAGAACCAAGAUAUUGCCUGGCUGGAUAAGAUCGACAAACGUUAUGCCUGGCUUAAGCGUCAUUUGCUCGAUUUUGAGGAUAAAUAUGGCGCUGUCUUUCCGCUUGAUUGGGAGGUCUCGGAGCGUAUAACAGUAGAGUUUUGUCGCCAGACGCGUCAACAACUGUCGCAGAUUAUGGCCAAGCGAUCGAACGAAAUUGAUGUGCGUCUCCUGCUGUUUGCCAUUAAUAAGACGCAAGCCUUUGAGCAGUUGCUCUCCAAACGUUUUACGGGCAUCACUUUAGGUGCCACAGCCGCCGAGCAGACGCGCGUACUUACAAUUCCAGCGGCAACUGAGGCUCCGCUCACCAUAACUGUAUUCCAUGAUCAGAUUGGCCAAUGCUUCAAGCCACACUUGGAUAUUUACAUACGCAGCAUUGAUCGCAAUCUAUCCGAGCUGUUAGAGAAAUUCAUCGAGAUGUCAAAAGAGCCAUACAAGUUUGCAGAGGCUAAGACUACAGUCUAUCCCAGUUCGGGUGAUCUGUUUGUCUUCUAUAAGAAGUGCAUGGUGCAGUGUAAUCAGCUGAGCAACGAACAGCCCAUGUACGAUCUGGCCUUGGUCUUUAAAAAGUAUUUACGUGAAUAUGCAGCCAAGGUGCUGGAGGGCAGCACGCCAAAGGUGGUGACCAGCAGCACGGGCAGUUCCAUUGGCAAGAGCGUUUCGAUGUUGACCCGCGAUAUGCAGAAUCUGUCCACAGCCGCCGGACAGGUGUUUCACAACUUUUUAAAAGAGGGCGACAGUCAGCGUUUCGCUCGCGAUGAUCUAGUACGCAUUUGCUGUGUUCUCACCACUGGCGAAUAUUGCCUCGAGACUGUGCAACAACUGGAGGAUAAACUCAAAGAGAAAGUGACGCCUGCCUAUGUUAGCAAAAUAGAUAUGAGCGAGGAGAAGGAUGUCUUUCAUCGCAUCAUUUCCAACUGCAUACAGCUGCUCGUUCAAGAUCUAGAGGCUGGCUGUGAGACUUCUUUGCAGGCCAUGGCCAAGGUGCAGUGGCAGCAUAUCAGCAACGUAGGCGAUCAGAGCGCGUUCAUUAGCAGCAUUUGCGGCAACUUUAAGCAGACUGUGCCCACCAUACGCGAUACGCUCGCUAGCUCCCGCAAAUAUUUCACACAAUUCUGUCAUCGCUUUGUCGCCGCUUUCAUACCCAAGUUUAUCAAUGUGCUCUACAGAUGCAAGCUGACCCUAUCGGACGGCUCCAAUAAUGUGCUGGGCUGUGAGCAGCUGCUGCUGGACACGCAUUCCCUUAAGACGGCACUGCUGGAGCUGCCUUCGGUUGGAUCGAGUGUGAAUCGCAAGGCGCCGACCAGCUACACCAAAGUUGUGGUCAAGGAUAUGACGCGUGCCGAAAUGAUUAUUAAAGUGGUCAUGACGCCUGUUCAGCCGCCGGCGCAUUUUACACAGCAAGUGCUUAAGCUGCUGCCAGACAUAACCAUAGCCGAAUAUCAGAAAAUAUUGGACAUGAAGGCGGUCAAGCGUGUCGAUCAGCUGCAGCUGAUUGAUCUGUUCAAGCACACAGCCUCCGCGGCGGCAGUCAGUGGACUAAUAGAUGCCCCAGCCAGCGAGGAGGAGACACCAACUGUCAGUGAAUCACCUGCGCUUACCACAGAGGAGCCAGAGGCAAUAACAAAUCCCUCAGCUGAUACCACAACGGCGGCAGCCACAACUACUGCCAAUGCCACGCCCAAGCGCGCCUUCAUCUUUAGCGUGGGCAGCUUUACGGGCAGUGCGGACAAGAAUGCCGAUGGUAGUUCCCAAACGGGCAUCCGUAAGCUGGAGAGUUUACUAAAGAAACGAUUUCCCUAGUCAAAUGCGCUAAUUAGUAAAUAAUAAAUCUAACAUUCCAUUCCACUAGUUCGAUAUAAUUCUAAAACGAAACAAAGCUGUUUCACUCGAAAAGCCUAACUUAAAGUUAGUAUUCUUAAGAACUGACAAGAUUUCUAAUAUAAUUUUAAAAACAUUUUCUAAGCCUUCAUAAAAUUGAUAAUAU